AUUACAUGAAGAGAUCAGCUUACCAGUUUUCUUCAGAGCAGAGGCUGAGCUCGGAGCGCCGGGUAGUACAGUGAGGGAGAGCCGAGGGAACCAGCGCGGUGCCUAGCGGAACUCCAGGGCUGGAAUCCCGAGACACAAGUGCAUCUGCUAGCUGUUAGCACUUGGCAGACGGAGUUCUCCUCUAGGGUAGCUCUAACUUUGGGUAAUAAUGUUUGUCAGCUACCUGAUAUUAACAUUGCUCCACGUUCAAACAGCAAUGUUAGCAAGACCUGGGGGAGAGAGCAUUGGCUGUGACGACUACCUAGGCUCCGAUAAAGUCGUGGACAAAUGCGGGGUAUGUGGAGGCGAUAACACGGGCUGUCAGGUGGUGUCCGGGGUGUUUAAGCAUGCCCUUACCAGCCUGGGAUACCACCGCGUUGUGGAGAUUCCCCAAGGAGCCACAAAAAUCAACAUCACCGAGAUGCACAAGAGCAACAACUACUUGGCCUUACGAAGUCGUUCUGGCCGCUCCAUCAUCAAUGGGAACUGGGCGAUUGACCGUCCUGGAAAAUAUGAGGGCGGAGGGACCAUGUUCACCUACAAGCGUCCCAAUGAGAUCUCGAGCACUGCUGGCGAGUCCUUUUUGGCCGAAGGUCCCACGAACGAAAUCUUGGAUGUCUAUAUGAUACACCAGCAACCCAACCCAGGAGUCCACUAUGAGUAUGUCAUCAUGGGAACCAACGCCAUCAGCCCACAGGUGCCACCUCACAGGAGACCAGGCGAACCCCUCAAUGGCCAGCUGGAUGAAGAAGGUAGAAGCCAGGAAGAUGGAGAAGAGAAAGAGAAGAACGGGGAGAAGGAAGACUUGCACGGGGAGGCGUCUGAAAUCUUCACCUCAGAAUCGGUGCAGACCUUCCCGAUCAGGCAUCCAGAUAGAUUUUCUUCCCAUCGACCAGACAACUUGGUACCACCAGUGCCACAGCCCCCACGAAGAAGCCGGGAUCACAACUGGAAGCAGCUGGGGACAACAGAGUGCUCAACAACCUGUGGGAAAGGAUCACAGUACCCUGUUUUCCGCUGUGUGCACAGAAACACUCACGAAGAGGUUCCAGAGAGCUUCUGUGACUCCAGCAUGAAGCCAACUCCAGAGGAGGAGCCCUGCAAUCUCUUCCCUUGCCCAGCCUUCUGGGACAUCGGGGAGUGGUCUGAAUGCAGCAAAACCUGUGGCUUGGGCAUGCAGCACCGCCAGGUUCUGUGCCGCCAGGUGUACGCCAACCGAAGCCUGACUGUGCAGCCCUACCGCUGCCAGCACCUGGAGAAGCCUGAGACCACCAGCACCUGUCAACUCAAGAUCUGCAGCGAGUGGCAGAUCCGGACUGACUGGACCUCGUGCUCAGUGCCCUGUGGAGUGGGACAGAGGACCCGAGAUGUGAAGUGUGUGAGCAACAUUGGGGAUGUGGUCGAUGAUGAGGAAUGCAACAUGAAGCUCCGGCCAAAUGACAUCGAGAACUGUGACAUGGGACCCUGUGCAAAGAGCUGGUUCCUCACCGAGUGGAGUGAAAGGUGCUCAGCCGAGUGUGGGGUUGGAGUGAGGACUCGCUCAGUGGUAUGCAUGACCAACCACGUCAGCAGCCUGCCCUUGGAGGGCUGUGGGAACAACCGACCAGCAGAGGCCACCCCAUGUGACAAUGGGCCCUGCACUGGCAAGGUGGAGUGGUUCACUGGGAGCUGGAGUCAGUGUUCCAUCGGGUGUGGGAGUGGGACACAGCAGAGGGAGGUGAUUUGUGUGAGGAAGAACGCAGACACUUUUGAAGUGCUGGACCCCUACGAAUGCUCCUUCCUGGAGAGACCCCCCAGCCAACAAUCGUGCCACCUCCAGCCUUGUGGAGCUAAAUGGUUUAGCACAGAAUGGAGCAUGUGCUCCAAGAGCUGCCAGGGUGGCUUCCGGGUCCGGGAAGUGAGGUGUCUGUCAGAUGAUAUGACCCUAAGUAAUCUCUGUGACCCUCAGUUGAAACCAGAAGAGAGAGAAUCUUGUAACCCCCAGGACUGUGUCCCUGAAGUUGAUGAGAACUGCAAGGACAAGUACUACAACUGCAACGUGGUGGUCCAGGCGCGCCUCUGUGUCUACAACUACUACAAGACCGCCUGCUGUGCCUCUUGCACUCGUGUGGCCAAUAGGCAGGCCGGGUUCCUGGGGAGCAGAUAACAUCCCGCAUCGCAUCUCGUCAGCAGGGCAGCAUCCCUGCCCUCCCGGGGGCUGUAAGCAAUGUGCCUGGCUGGCUCCCUGGCCCAGGACACUGACAGUCAACUUCAUCACCACCCUUGCCUUUGGUCAAGUGUAACCAGGAGCUUUGUGCCCUGGAUGUUAGAAAGCCACAGUGGGUCCUUUAAUCAUCGUCAUACACUGAUGACACCUCCCUUGAGACCUGGCAUCUGCUAACGGUGCUCUCUGAAAACCAAGCCAUGGGAAACUCCGUAGCUCUCAGCCCAACUCCUGCCCUGGUGCUUUGCACGUAAGCAGACAGGCCACUAACCAAGCACUGCCUCAUCCCUGGUGUGACUGGCCUUCCAAAAUUAGCAUCCUUGGACAGUCAGAGGCAGCGCUCCGUCCCAAAGACCCGCCAAGCCUUGCUGAGACCUGUGCACCCUCUGUCACCUCAGCCUGGCUGUGCCUGUUUUCAUUCUCAAAGACAUUAGACUGUUCUGCUGCCUUAUGACACAGA